UAUUUACACUUUUCUUUCUCUCUCUUUGAAAAUCUAACUAAGAGCUCAAUUUUAUUCCGGCCAGUCCUAGCCGGCGGUUUGAAUACUCCGGCGCCCAAAUGGGAAUCGAAAAGGCGAUGAGCCUUGAAGGAAUCAAGAACGAGUCUGUUGAUCUGGAGAAGGUUCCUAUCGAGGAAGUCUUCGAGCAACUGAAAUGCUCUAGGGAAGGUCUGUCGACAGAUGAAGGAAACAACAGGCUUCAGAUUUUUGGUCCAAACAAGUUGGAAGAGAAAAAGGAAAGCAAGUUCCUCAAGUUUCUCGGGUUCAUGUGGAAUCCACUUUCAUGGGUGAUGGAAGCCGCGGCCAUAAUGGCCAUAGCUCUUGCAAACGGUGGUGGAAAGCCACCGGAUUGGCAAGACUUUGUUGGUAUCUUUUGUUUGCUUUUGAUCAAUUCGACCAUUAGUUAUAUUGAAGAAAACAAUGCUGGUAAUGCUGCCGCAGCUCUCAUGGCUAACCUUGCGCCAAAGACUAAGGUGUUGAGAGACGGACGAUGGAGCGAGCAGGAAGCAGCCAUAUUGGUUCCUGGAGAUAUUGUAAGCAUCAAACUAGGAGACAUCAUCCCUGCAGAUGCUCGUCUUCUCGAGGGUGAUGCUUUGAAGGUUGAUCAGUCCGCCCUUACCGGAGAGUCACUUCCGGUGACCAAGAACCCUUACGACGAAGUCUUCUCCGGCUCAACAUGCAAACAAGGUGAGAUCGAGGCUAUUGUUAUUGCUACGGGUGUUCACACCUUCUUCGGUAAGGCUGCCCAUCUCGUGGAUAGCACCAACCAAGUCGGACACUUCCAAAAGGUUCUAACCGCUAUCGGAAACUUCUGUAUUUGCUCCAUUGGUAUUGGAAUGUUAGUCGAGAUCCUCGUCAUGUAUCCUAUCCAACAUAGGGCAUACCGGAGUGGUAUUGACAAUCUAUUGGUUCUCUUGAUUGGUGGUAUACCGAUAGCAAUGCCUACCGUGUUAUCCGUUACUAUGGCUAUUGGUUCACACAAGUUGUCUCAACAAGGUGCCAUCACCAAGAGAAUGACCGCCAUUGAAGAGAUGGCGGGAAUGGAUGUUCUUUGUAGCGACAAAACAGGGACAUUAACGUUAAAUAAGUUGAGUGUCGACAAAAACAUGGUCGAGGUUUUUGCUAAGGGUGUCGAUAAAGAACAUGUCUUAUUGUUAGCUGCAAGAGCUUCUAGGGUGGAAAAUCAAGAUGCCAUUGAUGCAGCCAUUGUGGGCAUGCUAGGUGAUCCGAAAGAGGCUAGAGCCGGCAUUAGAGAGGUCCAUUUCUUCCCUUUCAAUCCUGUGGACAAGAGAACCGCCUUGACAUACAUCGAGUCCGACGGAAGCUGGCAUCGGUCUAGUAAAGGAGCGCCCGAACAGAUAUUAGCACUUUGCAACGCGAAAGAGGAUCUAAGGAAAAAGGUUCACUCGAUCAUCGAAAAGUUUGCUGAACGAGGGUUGCGUUCUUUGGCUGUCGCGAGACAGGAAGUUCACGAGAGAACUAAGGAGAGUGCAGGUGGUCCAUGGCAAUUCGUUGGACUAUUGCCACUCUUCGAUCCUCCUAGGCACGAUAGUGCCGAGACAAUUCGUAGAGCUCUAAAUCUCGGUGUGAAUGUCAAAAUGAUAACGGGUGAUCAACUUGCUAUUGCUAAGGAAACCGGGCGAAGACUUGGAAUGGGAACAAACAUGUAUCCCUCGGCUACUUUACUCGGACAACACAAGGAUUCAAGCAUAGCUUCCAUUCCCGUGGAAGAGUUAAUCGAGAAAGCCGAUGGUUUCGCUGGCGUCUUCCCUGAACACAAAUAUGAGAUUGUAAAGAAAUUACAAGAGAGAAAACAUAUUUGUGGGAUGACGGGUGAUGGUGUUAACGAUGCACCCGCUCUCAAGAAGGCCGACAUUGGGAUUGCGGUUGCCGAUGCAACCGAUGCUGCCCGAAGUGCUUCUGACAUCGUCUUAACCGAGCCCGGACUUAGUGUUAUUAUAAGUGCAGUUUUGACAAGUCGAGCUAUUUUUCAAAGAAUGAAGAACUACACGAUUUAUGCGGUCUCUAUCACUAUCCGUAUUGUGCUUGGCUUCAUGCUUAUUGCUUUGAUAUGGAAGUUUGAUUUCUCACCCUUCAUGGUUUUGAUAAUUGCCAUCCUUAACGACGGUACGAUUAUGACAAUUUCGAAGGACAGAGUGAAGCCUUCUCCAUUGCCGGAUAGUUGGAAAUUGAAAGAGAUUUUUGCGACCGGAGUCAUGCUCGGUGGUUACCUGGCUUUAAUGACCGUUAUAUUCUUCUGGUUAAUGCACAAGACUGAUUUCUUCCCGGACAAAUUUGGUGUUCGAUCAAUAAGGGACAAUGAGUACGAGAUGAUGGCUGCUUUGUACCUUCAAGUCAGUAUAGUUAGCCAGGCACUUAUUUUCGUGACUCGAUCCCGUAGUUGGUCGUUUGUGGAACGCCCUGGUUUGCUUUUACUCGGCGCAUUCAUGGCAGCUCAGAUGAUUGCAACAUUAGUUGCUGUUUAUGCCGACUGGUCUUUUGCCAGGAUCAAAGGUUGCGGUUGGGGUUGGGCCGGUGUUAUAUGGAUGUAUAGCAUUGUCUUUUAUGUACCUCUCGACGUGAUGAAGUUCAUCAUCCGUUACAUACUAACAGGAAAAGCAUGGCACAACAUGUUGGAGAACAAGACUGCCUUUACUACGAAGAAAGAUUACGGACGAGAGGAAAGAGAGGCACAAUGGGCGCAUGCCCAAAGGACGUUACACGGCCUCCAACCGCCGGAAACUUCAACCAUCUUUAAUGAGAAGAGCAGCUAUAGAGAGCUCUCUGAAAUUGCUGAGCAUGCCAAAAGGAGAGCUGAAAUUGCAAGGCUUCGGGAACUCAAUACACUUAAGGGACAUGUUGAAUCCGUGGUGAAGCUGAAAGGGCUUGAUCUUGACAACAUCCAGCAGCACUACACCGUUUAAUAAACCAAAUUUGGAGUGACGAUGACGAAAAACUAUAACUCCUCAGCUUUGGAGGCGAGAGGUUAAAGUUAUCCAUUAAGAAAGAAAAAAGAAGAAAAUAUAAGUAUAAACCCUAGCUAGAUGCUUGUUCCUAGACUAUGGGAUUAACUUUGUGCUAUAAGUUUCAAUGGUUUUGAUCUAGUUUACUCUUUUUCACAUGUAAUCUUAAGUUGUUUCCAUAAGGAAAUUAGUACUAUGCUUGGCUUUAUAAAUUAAAGCUUCACAGCAAAAGAAGUUUUUACAUAGUUUCAAAAAACCCCUACUUUUCUCAUUCACAGUUUGUGGAGUUGACUUUUACUGUUAAAAGUCAAUGCUUUUCUUGGUAUAUAAGGAAAUAAUGUUGUUGUAAUGUAUGGGUGUGUAAAUGAAGUUAAUAUAAUAUUAUGGGCAAAUUGUUGACAUC